AGCUGUUUGGCACAAAUUCAAUACCAAAACAACCGUGAGCGUUUUGCUGCCUCUUUGCAAAAAUGCCCGAAGGGGACAAGGUGCUGCUCAAGUCUUCCCAGGGAGAAAUUUUCGAAGUUGAGCCGGAGGUGGCCUGUAUGUCAACACUGGUCAGAAACAUGGUGGACGACAGUGGAACUGAUGAAGAGAUCCCGUUGCCUAACGUCAAGACAGCCAUCCUCAGCAAGGUCAUCGACUACUGCAAGUACCACAAGGACAGUCCCCCAGAGGAAAUUCAGAAGCCUUUGAAGAGCACCAAUUUAGUCGAGUGUGGCGUAUCCGAAUGGGACAACGAGUACGUGAACAUUGAGCAGGAGGUCCUCUUUGAACUGAUUCUUGCAGCCAACUAUUUGGACAUCAAGAGCCUGCUGGACUUGACCUGUGCUAAGGUAGCUUCCAUGAUCAAAGGCAAGAACACAGAGGAGAUUCGGAAGCAGUUCAACAUUGUGAACGAUUUCACGCCAGAAGAGGAGGCGCAGGUCAGGGAAGAAAACCGCACGGAGCUGAGGACAGUGCCGAAGAAGCACCUGUGUCAGCACAACACAAAACAGCUUAAGCUUCAGUGUUGUUGA